GCCCUCAGGUACAUCUGCCGCGCUCUAGGUAGAGCCGAGCCACCCGCCUGGCGCGCGCCUGCCCCCUUUCCCGCCCGCCUCAAAGCCCAGGGAGCAGCCGCGGGAAGCGCUGAUUGGCUCCGGGAGGAGCAGGAGGCACGAACAAUGCUGUCCUCCCCCCUUAAAAAGCGGGCGGCGAGGCUGGGCGUCUGGGGGGGGCGACACCACGAGGAGGCGGAGGCGCGCUGGCGCCCAGGGAGCCGGCCGCACAGAGCGAGCGGGCGAGCGAGCGAGCGCGCGAAGUGAGGAGGCGAGGCGAGAGCAAGAGCAAGAGCAAGGCCCCCCUCUCUCUCUCCCCAUCGCGCUCCCGUUUCGUCUCUCCGUGGCCAAGCCGAAGCUAGCCGAGACUGACCAGGGAAAGACGAACUGACGGGAGACGAGACAGAAGGAAAGAAGAGCGCUUGGUCUUGGAGCCGUCGCCGCGGCUCCGAGGCUGAGGCAGGCAGGCAGGCGCCUUGGCACUGCCCGGAUCCGCCCGAGGAUGCCUCGGGGUUUCCUGGUGAAGAGGAGCCGCCGACCGACGCCCAUCUCUUACAGGACGCGCUGCUGCUACCCAACGGCGGUGGCGCAGGGAGGCGAUCCGGUGCUGCUGUUGGUGCCCCCGCCGCCUCCUCCUCCUCCUCCUGAGCCACCCGCGUCGGGCUUUGCCUCGGAGCCCCCCGAGGGGGUGUCCCUGCCCGUGCCGGCCGUGCCUCAGUUCGGAACGCCAGAGGCUCCCUCUUCUUCUCCGGCGCCCCUGCACAGUCCUGCGCGGGCCGUCAGCGAGGAGCGCAGCCUCCACCUGGGCUCGCCGGUCUCGGCGGAGUCCUUUCCGGCGCCGGAGCCACUGCUCUUGGGGCCCGGGGGGGAGCUCAAGCUCUGGGCAGUCGCAGCCGCCAUCGCGACUGGCCCGGUGCCGCCGCCGCCGCCUCAGCCGCCGCCGGUCCCCCAGCGCAGCCACGGGUCAAGCCAGGGCGUCUCCAAGCGGCCGCAAGGCAGAAAGGCCAAAGCGGCCCGCAAGCUCCACUUCGAGGAUGAGGUGACGACGUCGCCUGUGCUGGGGCUGCGCAUCAAAGAAGGACCCCCAGAACCUGCCUCGACCACUACAGGGACCACGACGACGACCACGACGGCGGCGCAGCAGCAUCAGCAGCAUCAGCAGGCGGGCUCGGCUGGAGGUCCCCGGACGGGAGGCGCCCAGCCUUUGGGCGAGUUUAUUUGCCAGCUCUGCAAGGAGCCCUACCCGGACCCGCUGGCGCUGGCUCAGCACAAGUGCUCGCGCAUUGUCCGCGUCGAGUACCGUUGCCCGGAGUGCGACAAGCUCUUCAGCUUGGACGGGCUAGCCCAGGCGCGCCAGCAUCCCGAGCCCUGCCCGGAGGAGGCGGCGGCGGCGAGCCACAGCCCUCCGGCCUUGCCAGGGGAGUGCCACCCCUGCCCCGUGUGCGGCGAGACCUUCUCUAGCAAGAGCGGCCAGGAGCGCCACCUCCGCCUGCUUCACGCCGCCCAGGCCUUUCCUUGCAAGUACUGCCCGGCCACCUUCUACAGUUCGCCGGGCCUCACCCGGCACAUCAACAAGUGCCACCCGUCGGAGAACCGGCAAGUCAUCUUGCUCCAGGUGCCUGUGCGCCCAGCCUGCUAGAGGGAGCCCACUUGUGCCUUCGCCUCCAGUACCAUCGCUGCCGGCACCCCCACCCCCACCCCGCGCGCGCCAUGUUUGUGGUGGAGGGGAAGCCCUGGACUUCGCCACCAGCCUCGCCUCCUUAACUACUGGGGUCUACUCCCCAACCAACCAUCUUUUCCAGCGCCGGCAGCUGUCGCCUAUAAGGCACGCAGCUUGUCGCCCUGGCCCAUCUCCCAAUGGUGUAUAAGGCCCCCCCUCUCCUCCCCAAGACGGCGCUGGCUCUGGAGCAGUCUCCCCCCCACACAACUGCACUCUGGGGACUGCUCGGGGGUCCAGGGUCUUAGGGUUGGUUUAAACAAGACUCCCUUCUCUCUCUCUCUCUCUCUCUCAGCCCCCCAAAGUCAAUCUUGAGAAUCAUGAUGGAUGCCUUUACAUUUCACAGGCUAUGAACUGAACCUUCACCCGUUUGAUUAGCUUUAUUAUGGCUUGUGAAUCGCUGGGAUCUGGCUUUACCUUUUACCUGUUUUCUUUUAUUUUGUAUGUGAACAAAAUCAACCGCUUAAAGAUAUAACUUUGGUUAGUUUAGCCACAAAUGCCUUGACUUGAUUGUUGUUGGUCUCCAGAAAAAAAAAUGUUGUAGAAGCUGCCUUAAAUGCUAUGACAUGCCAAUCGUUUUGCUUUUGUUCCUUUCCAAAGUACAGUAGAUCCAUACGUUGAUGCUCUGUGUAUAUGUUGAUUUAUGCAUAAUUGUUAUAUUUAUUGGUUAUUUAUUAUCAAUUAAGGUGUUUAUAUCAUUUUCGAUGUGCGUUGCCUUUCUCUGCACCUCCUCCAACGCCUUUCUCCUACCAUUUCACUGUGCUUUUUAAGGCUGAAUCCUAUGCACACUUACCUGGGAGUCAGUCCCACUGAACUCAAGAGGACUCACUUCUGAGUAGACAGGCAUAGGAUCGCACAAGUAGUCUUAUUUUUUUUAAAGAGAUCUGUUGGAAAAGGGUUUAACUUUUAUACCUAAAAUAAGCAUUCAAUUGCAACCCUUUUAUUCUUGCUUCGAAGCUCUCGGACAACUCAGCUUACUUUUAGAUGCAAUCUCUUUUCUAAACACAUUAUUUUCUUAA